GUGCCGCCUCAAACUUUUGCGGUCCGGACUCAGACGCAGCGCGCGCUUCCUCAGGAUCACACCUCACUGAGCUUCAUCCCGGACAGAGAGCGGCGGAUCGGUACCGGAGCCGGAGCGCGAGGCGCGGGAGAACCUGUCGGAGCGUUUGAUCCAGUGCGGUUCUGGAGAUGCGGGAUCAAAAGUGAUGAGGAGCUAGAACCGAACUCUCUCUCUCUGAGUCCGCGAGCGCGUCCCGUUCUGAGAGUUUAGGAGAUCGUUACGCGUUUUUUCCGCGUUUUCCCGAGUCCGGUUUUUUAAUGGCCCCGGUGCUGGUUCUGCGCGCUCCCGUGCUGCUGCUGGUGGUGUGCGGCUGCGCGGUUCUGGCCGACCCGCUCUUUACGAACUUUACUCUGGAUAACGAGAUCCACUCCAGCUUUAUCCAGCGGCGCCUGAAGAGCCAGGAGCGGCGCGAGAUGCAGCGCGAGAUCCUGUCCAUCCUCGGCUUACCGCACCGGCCGCGGCCGCACCUCCACGGCAAGCACAACGCCGCUCCGCUCUUCAUGCUGGACCUGUACAACGCCAUGUCCACGGAGGGAGCCGAGCUGGGCUACUCCUACCCCUACAAGCCCGUCUUCACCACCCAGGGACCACCCAUCGCCACCCUGCAGGAUAACAACUUCCUCAACGAUGCAGACAUGGUCAUGAGCUUCGUCAACCUAGUGGAACACGAUAAGGAGUUUUUGCCUGUGCGUCGACACCACAAGGAAUUCCGAUUCGACCUGUCCAAAAUUCCAGAGGGUGAAGCCGUGACGGCUGCAGAGUUACGGAUCUACAAGGACUUCAUCCCGGAGCGAUUUGACAACGAGACUUUCCGGAUCAGCGUGUACCAGGUGCUGGAGGAACAUUCAGACAGGGAGUCUGAUCUGUUUCUACUGGACUCAAGGGUGAUUUGGGCAGCAGAAGAGGGCUGGCUGGUGUUUGACAUCACUGCCACCAGUAACCACUGGGUUCUGAACCCAGACCAUAACCUGGGCCUACAGCUGGCUCUAGAGAGCGUUGAUGGUCAGAGUGUGAACCCGCGGGUGGCAGGACUGAUUGGCCGCAGCGGCCCUCAGAGUAAACAGCCCUUCAUGGUGGCCUUCUUCAAAGCCACAGAGGUCCACAUCCGCAGCAUUCGCUCGGCGCAGGGCGGCAACAAACAGCGCAACCCCAACCGCAACAAACCCGCCAAAGCCCAGGAGGCCCUGCGCGUAGCCAACAUCGCAGAGAACAGCAGUUCUGAUCAGAAGCAGGCCUGUAAGAAGCAUGAGUUGUAUGUCAGCUUCAAGGAUCUUGGGUGGCAGGACUGGAUCAUCGCUCCAGAAGGCUAUGCUGCAUAUUACUGUAUGGGAGAAUGUGCAUUUCCACUUAAUUCCUACAUGAAUGCCACCAACCAUGCCAUCGUACAGACACUGGUUCACUUCAUUAACCCAGAGGUGGUGCCCAAACCGUGCUGUGCCCCCACACAACUCCACGCCAUCUCAGUGCUGUACUUUGACGACAGCUCUAAUGUUAUUUUAAAGAAGUAUCGCAAUAUGGUGGUUCGAGCUUGCGGCUGCCACUAGUCUCUCUCUCUCUCUCUCUCUCUCUCUCUCUCUCUCUCUCACACACACACACACACACACACGUCAUAUCAGUUUGACUCCAACUCAAAACUUGGAAGAAUUUUUUUUUUUUUUUUUUUUUGUGAGGACAGCAGGAGGACUAUAUUUACGAUAGCGAAAGACCUCACACUUGCAUUUGACGAACUGUGGAACAGAUAUCUGUGGAAUUAAGUGUUCUAUCACAGCUGCACACACACACAUUCAUGUACACACAUUCCUUGUGCUUUCUACUGUGUAAAUAGUUUUUCAAUGAAAGAAACAAAAUGUAUUUAUUUUCAUGGUCUUUAAAUAGAGUGAAAACG